UUCGCUGACAGCCAGCGGUGCGAACAUCAACAGCCACCGCCUGUGUUGGAUAUAGCGAUAGAUAACGAACGGAAACGUUGAUAGAUCAUCUCCAUUGAUAGAUUUUCGUUCAUUUUGUUGUCCUAGGAUUCCUCAAAAAUGAAUCCGUUGUGUAGUAGAUGUAACCGAGUUGUGUAUCCCACGGAAAAAGUGAAUUGUCUUGACAAGUACUGGCAUAAAGGAUGCUUUAGCUGUGAGGUAUGCAAGAUGACUCUGAACAUGAAGAACUACAAAGGGUUUGACAAGAGACCCUACUGCAAUGCACACUACCCGAAAACAUCAUUCACCAGCGUUGCUGACACUCCAGAAAACCUGCGUCUGAAACAGCAGAGCAAGAUGCAGAGCCAGGUGCUGUACAAGGAGGAGUUUGAGAAGAACAAAGGGAAAGGUUUCAGUGUUGUAGCUGACACACCAGAGAUGCAGAGAAUCAAGAAAACACAAGACCAGAUCAGUAACAUUAAAUAUCAUGAAGAGUUUGAAAAAAGUAGAAUGGGAGGUGAAGCUCCAACUCACCAUCCUCCACAGCAGCAAAACACAACUCCAGUGUAUCAGCCCCCAGCUGCAUCUCAGAAUUACUGCUAUGAGCCCGAGCCAGUGCGCCAAGCUGCUGCAGCUCCUCCACCCAGCUCUGGGAAGCGUUACCGGGCAGUGUACGAUUACUUGGCGGCCGAUGAAGACGAGGUUUCAUUCCUGGAUGGGGACGUGAUUGUGGAUGUGCAGCCCAUCGAUGAGGGGUGGAUGUACGGAAGGGUGGAGCGCACUGGUCAGCAGGGCAUGCUGCCUGCUAACUAUGUAGAGGCCAUCUGAGAACAUGACCAAGGAAGGGACAGAAAGAGAGAGAGAGAGAGAGAGAGAGAGAGAGAGAGAGAGAGAGAGAGAGAGAGAGAGAGAGAGAAAGAAAGGGAAGAGGGGGGAGGGAGAGGAAGCGAGUAGGUAGGUAGAGAUAAAGGAAGAGAAAUGGAUAACAAGCCCAGUGCCAUCUCAUAUUUUAAGAGCUUAUUUCUUCUUUUCUUGUUAGUCCUAUCCUAUUACUGUGUCUAUGCUGUUAACUCAUACAGAACACGCGCACACACACGUGCACACAGUAACACACAUGAUGUCUAGAUGUACAUGCGUCGGGUCUAUGCCCGUUUAUUGCUCUGCCUGCUGUGUUUCUCUCUGUUGCUCCCUCUCUUGCUGUCUUGCUUUUUCUGGGGGGGGGUUGGUUUUGGGGGGUGUUUUUCUAUUUUCUGCAUUUCUUCAGUUUUGGAGAGGUGCUGUCACAAGUGGCACUUAUUGUGUUAAUGACUCACUCAGAGACACACCCACACUGGCCUCGGUAUGUUUUUAACUGCCUGCCAUAUAGCACUUCGUGAUCAAACCUCCCUAGCCUGUCAAUCAUUCCACAAUUGCCAUGACAAUGAGAACCUCUAGUUCAAAUCUUUUCUUUUUCUAUGUCCAUGUUUGUGUUUCUUAACAGCCUGUCAUUGGUUGCAUCUGUCAUUCCAGUCAAUUUUGACAUCUUAUCAGCCAUGCAGUAGUAAUGAUGCUAGAUUGUGAGACUUCUGAUCAUUCCUUUUGUUCCACUCAGUCUUAAUGCAUAUCAAUCAGACCUUUUGCAUCAUGGGUUUUAUAGUGAAACUGGAAAGUGUGUGUGUGUGUGUGUGUGUGUGUGUGUGUGUGUGUGUGUGUGUGUGUGUGUGUGUGUGUGUGUGUGUGUGUGUGUGUGUGUGUGUGUAACAUCCUCCAUACUCUUUCUAUGGGUGUAGUUUGAGGGAUGGAGAUUGGCAGUGAUGAUGUUUUCAAGAUGUCCAUAACAUUCAAUGUUCUUCUCUAUGUCAUUACAUGAAAUGAAUGCAUAGAUUUAUGUCUGUUCUGCGCACAUGUGCUGUCUUAAUCUCUAAGGUAAACAGUGUUCUCUACACCUAUUGAAGACAGAAACAACUGAGCAAGUAAAAAUAUAUAGCAAAGGUGCCCACCAGUUACAUGAGUGCAGAUCAGUAGAACCAACAAGGGGAGAAGAGCCUAAGCACAAGUCUAUCCUUUUUUUUAUUAUUAUUAUUAUUGUUAUUCUCCUCUCCUAGUACAUUCUGGAGCAUUCCAUGUACAUCGUAUAAAAAUGUAUUUUGCUCUUCUGUGCUAUGAUGAUGACAACCCAUCACCACCAUGCUUAUUCUCAUUGAUUUGUUAUUGUAUGAGGUGGAACUGUAAUUAAAUAAAACAGAUCUAUUUGUAUAUCAAGGCAGGCUAGUUUGUCAAACUGUACAGAAUGUUCAGUUUAUUUUGAACUUUUAGUUCUUAACAUAUAUGUAGCCUACAUGGGAGAGAGGCAUUAUUUUUGCUGCUUAUACAUUGUACACAAAUAAUCUGUUGAAAUUAUACAUUGUCACAUAACACAUUCAAAAUGUGCACUCAAAAAAUGGAAAAAGUAGAAUACCUUUUUUCCUCUUCAGUGGGAGGUAGUUUUUUUUUAAUUAUUAUUCUAGAUUUCACAUUGUUAGGUGAUGUGUUAAACUGAUCAAUUUAUUUUACCAUAGCAAUUUUAUUUGCUUCUGAAAAUAUCUUGGUAACUAGUUAACUUGGUAACUUAAAAUCUUGGUAACUAGUCUUAUCUCAAAUUAGACUAAUCCAGAGAGGUUACUCUUUCUGGAUGUGUUCUGUUUCCUAUCAAAAAGGAUCUUUUCUUACAUAAAAUAACAUACAUUGUAUCUUUAAGGAGAUUCCUGACCAGAUUAGACUGGUGAAAAUAAUAUUGAAAUUCAUGAAAUCUCAUCUGCUUCACAGAUUCUGGUUCAAAUACACUGCCCUGAUGUACUUCUCUUUUAUAUCCCUGCCUCAAAUCGUCAUGUCAUCUGUGUCCAUUACCUAAGAUGUAGCUCACCAGAAAACAACUGGUCCGUCUUAAAAUUGAUUAAGAAGCACCUUGUGAUUGGGUGUUUUGGGACAGAACAAAGUGAAAGCUUCCCAGAUUCAGCAUAGUUUUUACCAGGCUCCGGUUCGAUCUUUAUACUUACAUGUUUUGCAGUAGUUGGAGCGUUUAUGAUCCAAUUAUAUAUGUGAAGUGUGUUGCUGUCAUUUACUUGCUGGGGAUUUCUAUGUAGUCAGUUUCUGGUUCCUUUUUCCAAAUAAGAGUCUGAGGAUCAAAUUCUGUUGUACUGUGCAGAUCUAUGCAGUACCUAGAGCACUUUUUCUGAUCCUUUAAUUCAAGACUAAAAAUGCACUCAAUCAUCUGACUGCAAAGAAUUGAUGAAAAAAAGGCACUAUGUAAUGAUCUCCCACAUGAAGCCAAAGUUCACAUCCUAGGCUGGUUGUUUGGGAAAGAAAAACUAGGUCUCUCUUUACUGUGUACUGCAUACCACUUAUAAAUCAAAACAUAUCAUCAGGUAAUACUUCAUAGCAUCUAGGCUUAAUAUAGAAAUGUGAGGAAAAACAACUUAUGUCAACCAUUAACAAUUAAGUGAAUGGGAGGUAAAGAAGUACUGACAAUAAUUUGUCACAUUUUGCUCAUGCAGCAAACAGGAAUAAGGGAUGAUAUGUCUUGAAUGUGUUCCAGUCCUUAAUUGGUCAAGCUGGACUGAGCUAGUCAUAACCAGUGUCAGAAUUAUUUUGCACAGUAUUCACUCAGUGUCUCAUAGUAAAAGGCUCAGGAGACCCCCAUAAAAUCCUGUUUGAUGCCAGUGUUUACCGUAAAUUAGGCUAAGUACAUGUUGACCAACAUUAGCUGGGUUCAGUUGCCAGAUAGAAAUGUCCUGAUGUACUACUGAAAUGUAAAUGUCAUGACUUAAAGCUCUUUAAGUAAUAUGCACCAGAAGUUGCAUUGUUUCCAGAAAGAUGUUGAGGUAGAUAUUUCAGAACUUUGGACAGCUUAAGGAUAAAAAUGACCUUCAUUUUUUCUUCCAUUAUCGCCUCUUCAUUCAAUCAUUACCAGCUUUGACACAUUCUUUUAUUUAUCUUCUCCAACCCCAAGAAAGAAAUAUGGUUUACUUUAGACAGUAAUUCUACAGCUGAGAAUGUUUACUAAGGAGUUGUUAAAGACUGUCAGUGACAUCUGAUGAUUACACAGUAGCUCAUAAUGGUAGGUUAUAUAAAUGACCAGUGUCAACAAGACAAAGAAGCUGAUGGAAGGAGAAAUGCCCAGACGCAGUAAAACACUUUCAAAUAGGUGUGUUCAACGUUAAAUGGUGAGCUGCAAUUGGACAGUGGUUGUUAGUCAUGUGUAGACAAGCUUGUGAGGGGGUGCUGAGUGUGAAAGAAUGUGACUGACCAGCUCAGUUGUGCUUGAGUUUUAGGCAUGAAGCCCAUGAUAGGACUAACAUUUUUAAUCGUCUAGUCUUCACACAUCUGUCCAAACCCCUUAUUUUGAUCCGUUCUGUGCUUUCACUUCCUCUGUUUUGUCAGUCCAGUAAACAUUAUUGAUCUUAUUAUUUGUAUUAAUUUAAGAAUAUGCAUAAACUGCACACAGGGGUCCCAUGCUCCAUGUCAAGCAUAUGACUUGCUUUUACCUAUGUUUAAAAUGAUUUCUUUAUUAGCUAUUUAUGUGAGGAGCUGGCUAAUAUGUGGAUCAAUAAAAUGCAUUCUUUCUAUCAAGAUCUGUCUGGGCAUUACAUUUUUAUCGCUGUUUCCAACAGAUACUACACAGAGAUCACUGGAAUUCAGAUACUGGGGUUUACCCGGUCUCCAACUCAUCCGGGCACGUCCUAUAUAUGCCUGUUCAUUUUCACAGGUAGAAGUUGCUUUGAUGAAACUUGUAAAAACAACUAUUUUAAAAUUGAUUAUCACACUGUUGCUUAAUAAGUUUCCAAAGUACCUUACCAGCUAUCUCGGCUUUUUUGUCUCUGCAUUUACGUAGGUCUAGGACCGUCAAAGAAAUACAGAGAUGGUACCCAUUUCUAGUGCGUGUUCCCUACCCUCUGCUUCUUUCAUACAUUUGAAACGUUCUAGAAGCGGAGCGCGCGCAUCAUGUUGGGAGGGGUCUCUGCUGGGCUGCAGCGGAAAUACCGUUUUCGCUCCGAUAAUCACCAAUGUCCUUUAAUCGUCACUGAAGGGCUCGCAGCGGCUGUAUUUUACCCUUGUAUUUUUUUGCGGAUGCGAGGAUACCAUGUUGGACAUCUUGGUGCUGAUGUUCUUCGCCAUCAUUGGUCUCGUUUUUCUGUCGUACAUCAUCUACAUGCUCUGAUGUUCGAUCAGAGCAGACUUGGCUCACGGCAAUAUCAAUGCACCAGGACUAGGCCAGCGGCAUGAGUAGUUCGGGUCUCCUGAGAAUCCGGGGAAGGGAGGAAGUGUGGCUGAUAGGGUCAGGCCUCUGGGUGAAGGAGAACAGUACUGCUCUAAAGGGGGUUAGCAAAACCAGGCAGAACACCCGUUCAAUACAUCUUAGAACACUGGCCACCCUCUGUUUCUGCUUUUCAUGCUGUCACUCUUCUCACCCUUACACACACAGAAUUUGCAUGUAAAAAACAGAAUGUGUGUGUUAUUCUGCUUUGGAGGCAAAUAACAAAGAUAUUUAUUAUUUUUCCCUUGUACUGUCUGCAAUGGAGGUAAUCUCUAUUGUGUGUGUGUGAGAGAGAGAGAGAGAGAGAGAGAGAGAGAGAGAGAGAGAGAGAGAAGGAGAGAGUGAGAAUAAAAAACUUAAACGUUCUAUCAAUGCUACAUUUCAUUCACUUCCGUUGAUGACUUUCUCACCCACUGUACUGCUCACUAGACAUAUGAAUGAUUUGAUUUUGUGUCAAUUUUUUACAUCCAAUUUUUACAGGCCUGUGAUAGAAACAAAAUGUGUUUAUGUCCUUUUCUGAAUAAAAUGCCUUUUUGUGCAAGGUC